AAACAAAUAUGGAGCAGUGGUCUAGACUCUAGAGGCCUGCUUAGACACCAAGCUUUAAACCCAAUUUCGUCAUUUUUCGAAAGUUUCUCACGCAAAGCCCGUAACGAUCCCUGCCGUCGACGACCUGCCUAUCUCCGUCGAUUACGACGUCGAACUGGCUGCUCAUUCGUGAACUUAAUUGCAGCAUGGAUGUUGAAGAUGAGGGAGCUACUUUUCUCAAGCAAUUAAGCAAGAGGCAUAAAAAGUUUAAGCAAACAGAAGAGAAAAAUACAAACAAUGGUUUAGAAAUAAUCCAUUUGGAUCACAUUGCAAUGGAUGAGAAAGUGCAGGGGCACAAAGUUUUUGAGGAAGGAGGUUUCAUCGAGAGGAGAAAGUCCACUGAAGCUUUUGAAAAUAAAAAGAAAAAGAAAAAGACAAAGAAGGUCUUGGAAGGUUCAGUAGACAAUGACGGAAGAAUGGGUGAAGAGGGUGGUGGAUGUUGUGCAAGUCAAGUGGAAAUGAAGAAAAGAAAAAGAAGUGUUAAACACAAUGUAGAUGGGAUAAAAAAUACUUUUGGUUUAGACAGUGAGGAUAACACACGUUCAGUUGCAACUAAGCUGAUGCAAAAUAAAAUCGGCAAGAAGGUAAAACUCACAGAUGAGUGCAAUGAAGAUAGUAAAGACAUGGUCACAAAGAAGAAGAAGAAGAAGAAUAGAGAGAAUAAAAGGAAAAGUAAUGCUGUUUGUGCCAAUGUCAAGGAGAAAUUGGGCGGAUGUGAUCCCCAAGAUGCAAACCCCAGAAAAAACAAAAGAGUGCAACUUGCUGAUGAGUUGGAGGGUUGUCUGGUUGUAAAUGUUCCUGAAAAGAAUAAGGAAAAAAACAAGGAAGUGGACAAUUUAGUUGAAGGGAAGCGGUUCUCAAAAGAAGAAGAUGAGAUCAUCAAAGAAGCUGUGUCUAAGUACAUAGAGAUGCAUGAAUUGGGUGAUGAGGGGCUCAAUAUGGUUCUAAAUAGCAAAUCCUUGCCAAACCUGAAAGGCUGUUGGAAACAAAUAGGGGCUGCCCUUCCUCGCCGACCUUACAGAGCUGUUUACAAUCGUGCUCAAAAAAUGUUUCGUAAAAGCGAAAUCCCUUGGACCGAAGAAGAGUACGAAUUCGUAAAAAAGUAUCAUGAAAAACAUGGGAAUCGGUGGGCAGACAUGGCUGAGGAACUUGGAAAGUACAGAACUCACAUCUUUAAUGCAUGGCUUAGAAGAAUAAAGCUUCCCAAUUUGAAGAGGGGCCGUUGGUCUCAAGAGGAGUACCAAACUUUGUUUGAUUUAGUGAAUAUCGAUUUGCAACUGAGGGUCUCUGAGGAGAAGAAGUCCAGACAUGGUAUGUUGCGUGACAACAUCUGUUGGAUCGCAAUAAGUGACAAGUUGGCCACACGAAAUAACACAAGGUGUUGUGACAAAUGGUACCACCACUUAACAUCACCUUUGGUUGCCCAAGGCAAGUGGACAGAUUCUGAUGAUUACAGACUGGUGGGUGCUCUCUAUGAAUUGGAUGGAAGCUGUAUAGAAAAUGUGGACUGGGACAACAUUCUUGAGCACAGGUCUGGUGAAGUAACUCUGAAGCGUUGGAAGCAGAUGGUUCGUCACAUUGGUAACCAUGAAAACAAACCGUUUGCCGAACAAGUCGAGAUUUUGGCAAAGAGAUACUGUCCAUACUUGCUUGAAGCAAGGGAGGCUUGGGACAGCAAGCCAUAUGUACAGUGAUUCCUCGUCAUGCUUCUUCCAUAGUAUGCGAUAGUCAUCCUCUCUUAUGCAAUUGCCUUAUGCUUAAAGUUCUACUUUUGUUUCUUUGGUUUUAAAACAGUAUUCUUUAAGUUACUUUUCAAUUAAGACGUCUAGAUAGUGAAAAUUACAAGUUAUCAAUUAUC